AUGAUGUCGAGGGAGCGCAAGAAAGCGGCAGCUCUGCAGGAGAAGCUGCAACUCCUUCGCUCUCUCACCCACUCCCAUGCUCUGAGCAACACGUCCAUAAUCAUGGACGCCUCCAAGUACAUCAAGGAGCUGAAGCAGAAGGUGGUGAUGCUGAAUCAGGAGAUCGCUUGCGCGGCGCAAGACUCGUGCAGCAGACAGACCACCUACCCGACGGUGAACGUUGAAACCCUAGGACACGGGUCGUUCCUCGUCAAUGUGUUGUCAGACAAGAGCUGCCCGGGGCUUCUGGUUUCCAUCCUGGAGGCCUUCGACGAGUUGGGCCUCAGCGUCCUCCAAGCCACGGCCACUUGCGCGGAUACUUUCCGCCUAGAAGCCAUAGGAGGGGAGAACCUGGUGGAGAACGUGGAUGAGCACGUCGUGAAGCAGGCCGUGCUGCGGGCCUGCUCCUCGCACAGCGGCGGCGGCGGCAACAAGCAAACAUAG